UCUGUAAUUAAUCUGUGAAUUUAUUGUUUUCUUGAUUUUUUGAUUAUUUCUUAAUAUUUGACUUUGUAGUACUAAAUUAAUAUAAAAAAUUGCAUAUCCCUUUUGUUCCUAGAUAAUCACUACUACUGAAUUAUUAUGUACACUUAAAAAUUAUUUUUGUGACAAUACUUUUGUGUCUUACGGAACUUCUAAAAAAUGGCUGGAAAUAAAAGAGAUAGAUCUCGUUCACCAGUGAGGGUAGACAAUGUCGGUCGGAGAAGAGAUAGUAAAAAUCAAGACAGUAAUAAAACUGGGAAUGAUAUGUCAAACGUCAUGAAUCAGAUGAUGAUGACAAAUAUGUAUUCACAAGGUAAUAUGAUGAUGGCUGGUGGGAUGUAUCCAAAUAUGAUGAUGUCAGGAAUGAUGGCUGGAGGCAUGAUGCCUUCUACUGCUAUGGAAAUGAUGUCAGGUACAGGAAUGGAAUUGAUGUCUCAGUCAACAAUGGAUAUAUCAACAAUUGGAGCACAAGCUAUUUCUGCAACAGGUUCGACUCCCAUAGAUAUAAGUAUGAUGGGAGGUAUGGUAAUGGAUCCUUCAAUGAUAGGAAUGUAUUCUAACAUGGGUACUGACAUAGCCACAGUUCAAGAAAAGAAGGAAAUUAUUCUUAAACACUGUAUACUAAUUCCGCCUACAGCUGGCACACCACAGCCUCCUCGAAGAGCGAAACCUCCUGGUUGUCGUACUAUUUUCGUUGGUUAUUUACCAGAAAAAAUAAGGGAGAGUACAGUCAGAGAAAUUUUUGAACCAUAUGGCAGGAUUCAUACUUUAAGACUAUCUAAAAAAGAUUUUUGUCAUAUACGAUUUGACAGAGAGAGCUCUGUGGAUGCAGCAAUGCAGCUGUCUGGGUAUCGUAUUAAGUUGAUCAGUAAAGAUAAAGAUGAAAAAGACGAAGAUGAUGAUUCUCACACAACUUCAGGCUGGUUGCAUGUAGACUAUGCAUUGAGUCGAGAUGAUCAAAAUGAGUAUGAGCGUCGUCAACGGCAAGCACUGCGUGCACAACAAGCACAAAUGCAGCAAUUGACUGCACAACAGGAGCUAGCUAAUCGCAGCAUUGCAUCAUAUCGGCGGUCUCCUUCACCAGUGAGAAUUCAACCAUUUUCCAAUGCUGCCAUUGUUCAAUUAGUGGAAAAAAUUAAAAAUGAAGAACAUUUUCCAAAUACUCUUCCUACUCUUAUCGCAUGGCUGGAACGUGGUGAAUGUUCAAAAAAGAAUGCAAAUCAAUUUUAUUCAAUGAUUCAAGCUACAAAUUCCCACAUACGGAGAUUAUUUAAUGAAAAAGUGCAAGCUGAAGAGGAAUUGCAGGAAUGUAAAGAAAGAGUGAAAAAUCAUAUAGAGAAAGUUAUUGAACAACUCGAGCAGGUGGCGAAAGUGUUUACAGCGGCAGCCCAUCAGCGCGUGUGGGAUCACUUUACGAAACCACAGCGGAAGAACAUCGAGACAUGGCAGAAAAUGACUCAGGAAUUUAAUUCAUUAAAAGAAGAAUUUAACGAGAAGUUCUUUAAUGAGGAUAAUGAAUUUAACGGUUUCUCCAAUAGAAAUGCGGAUACAAGCGAAGAAUAUCAACGACUAAAGCGUGAGAACGAAAGUUUACAAUUCCAAUUGGAAGCUUAUAAGAAUGAAGUUGAUGUCAUAAAGACGGAUGCACAAAAGGAGAUGGAAAAGUUUAAGGCUCAGUUCAUAGCUCGACAAGCAUUGCAAGGUGCUCUGGAAAAAAACCCACCUUUACCGUCACCCGUGGUGAAGCCGCCACCACCACCACCAUUGCCUGAUGAUGUGGAUUCAAAGGUACAUUUGAAAGAAAAAGUGGAAGCUGGAUGUGGAGAAGCAAAGCUGAUCGGAGUUAUGUCUGCUUUCCUUCAGGUUCAUCCACAAGGUGCCAGUCUGGAUUACGUAGUGUCAUACGUUCGGGCGUUGUUUCCCCACGUGUCUCAAGCAACAGUCCACCACGUCCUACAGAAGCAUCCAGACGUGUUUGACCGGACAACCACCGGUGUCGGUGCCAACAUUGAGCACCGUUGGUCAUUUGUUGCGUUCAAACAAGAGGACGCUGCCCAGCAAACUACAUAGAAACGUGCCAAAACAAUAUGAAACCACAAAGCAUAUCUAUUAUGUUAAUGAAAUAAUCCUAAUAGUGUGAAGUGGAAGUGACUGAUAUUAGUAAUAUUAAAUGUAGUAGAUGUAAGUAGGAUAAUGUUUAUCCAAUUAAAGUGGCCACAAUAUA